CAAUUGGUUUCUCAGAUAUUAACUUAAGAGAUGUGUGAUACAAUCAUCCAAGUGAUUUAACUAUAGUAUAAAAUGUAACAAAUCAGUAUUCAGAAUUUUUUAACUCUCUUUGUAGUUAAAAUAUAUGCUUGUUGUCAAAACUGAAAGGAAUUUUGUGUUAAGUAUCCGUCCAUCUUUGCAAGCUGUCGAACUAAUUUAAGUCUACUCUAUCUUGUGAAGGUCAUGGAUAAAUUUUUAGUAAAGAGAGCAAGGUCAUCAAGUGAGCAAUGUGGAUCAAGCUCGUCACAACAACAACCACCACAUGUUGAAGUUAAUCUAAAUGAGUUGCCAUCGGAUCCUGGAUUGCGACCAAGAAUUACAACAUAUCAUCCUAAUGAUCAAGAUAAGAUACGGAGAGCAUAUUUGCAAAAAGGACCAUGUCAACCUAAGAAUCACAACUUUCCACAAAAGAAAGUCGGAACCUCAAAAAGAAGAUUUUCCACGGCAUGGUUCACUGAAUUUGGAAGUUGGUUAGAGUACAGCAUUGAAAAAGAUGCUGCAUAUUGUUUGUGUUGCUAUCUCUUUAGGCCCGAUCAAGGAAACCAAGGUGGUGGUGAGACAUUUGUCACCAAGGGAUUCAACAAAUGGAACAACAAAGAAAGGAUCACACUUCAUGUUGGAAGUCCUAAUAGUGCUCAUAACAUUGCUUUCAAGAAAUGUCAGGACUUAAUGAAACAAGAUCAACAUAUUGACACUGUCAUGUCUAGGCAUUCUGACACACAACGCAACAUCUACAGAACACGCUUAAAGGCAACAAUUGAUUGUGUUUGUUGGCUACUAAAGCAAGGCUUAGCUUUUCGUGGUCAUGAUGAGUCAAAGGGUUCUACCAGACAAGGUAACUUCCUUGAGCUACUUAAAUUUCUUGCCAUGCACAAUGAUUUGAUAAAAAGUGUUGUUUUGGAUAAUGCUCCUGAAAACCAUCAAUUAAUUGCUCCAACAAUCCAAAAAGAUAUUGCUCAUGCUGCUGCAUCAGAAACUACUAAUGUUAUUAUUGCUGAUAUUGGAAAUGAAUUCUUUGCUAUUCUUGUUGAUGAAGCUCGUGACAUAUCAACUAAAGAACAAAUGGCAAUUGCUCUGCGUUAUGUUAAUAAAACUGGAAGUAUUGUUGAGCGUUUUUUAGGCAUUGUUCAUGUUAAGGAUACCACUGCUUCAUCAUUGAAAUCAGCAAUUGAUGAACUAUUUUGUAAACAUGGGCUUAGUAUAUCAAGUAUUCGUGGACAAGGUUAUGAUGGUGCUAGCAACAUGAGUGGAGAAUUUAAUGGUCUGAAAAGUUUAAUUUUAAGGGAGAAUCCAUGUGCAUAUUAUGUCCAUUGCUUUGCUCAUCAAUUACAACUUACUUUAGUUGCUAUUGCUCAAGAACAUGGUGAAGUUUCCUUAUUUUUUAACUUAGUCUCCAAGUUAAUGAAUGUUGUUGGGGGAUCUUGCAAGCGAGUUGACAUGCUUCAUGAAAAACAAUUGGAACAUAUUAGAGAAGAAUUAAGCAGAGGAGAAAUUUCUAGUGGGCAAGGUCUUAACCAAGAAACUAAUCUGGCACGCCCUGCUGAUACUCGUUGGAGUUCUCAUUAUGUCACUUUGGUUAGGAUAAUAUUGAUGUAUUCUGCUAUUAUUGAUGUUCUGCACAUUAUGAAAGAAGACGGAUACCCCCGACAGGCAAAAGGUGAAGCAUCUGGUCUUUUAAUUAUGUUGCAAGGUUUUGAUUUUGUAUUCUUCUUGCAUUUGAUGAGACGUGUAUUGGGUAUUUCACAUGAAUUGUCACAAUCAUUGCAAAGGAAAGAUCAAGACAUCAUGAAUGCUAUGAACUUGGUUAACAUCACAAAGACUAGGUUUGCAUCACUUAGGAAUGAUGGAUGGGAGCCUUUAUUGAAGGAAGUAACUUUAUUUUGCAAUAAGCAAUCUAUUAGUGUUCCUCCUAUGGAAAGUGUGUUUGUUAGUGGGCAGUCACGGCGUCAAACGCGUAGCAUUACAACAGAGCAUCAUUAUCGUGUUGAGUUAUUUUAUACCGUGAUAGAUAUGCAGCUUCAAGAACUCAAUGACCGUUUUAGUGAGAUUAAUACCCAAUUGCUCCUUUGUUUGGCUUCUUUGGAUCCAUCUAAUUUGUUCUCUGCUUUUGAUAAGGCAAAGGUGUUGGAAUUUGUAAGUUUUUAUCCAAAUGAGUUCACUCCAUUUAAUUUAGUGAUGCUUGAUAAUGCACUAGAUUGUUACAUCAUGGAUAUGCGAACAAGUGAUGAAUUUGCCUCUUUGGAAGGACUCCAACAACUUUCAGAGAAGUUGGUUGAAAAAGGAAGACAUGUUGUGUAUCCACUUGUUUAUCUUCUUUUGAAAUUGGCACUGAUUUUGCCUGUUGCAACAGCCACUGUAGAAAGAGCUUUCUCUGCUAUGAAUAUUGUGAAGAAUAGGCUGCGUAACCGAAUUGGAGAUACAUGGAUGAAUGAUUGUUUAGUUACUUAUAUUGAGAGUGAUGUAUUUAAUAACAUUGACUCUGAGCUUAUUGUUCAACGAUUUCAGAAUAUGAAAUCGCGUAGAGGACAACUAUGAUUUGU